AAGCCCGGUUACGGAGGCCGAAUUGUUCUUCAUGUCAUCAAUGAAGCAACUCAGCCUCUAUUCAAAGGAACACACAUAAACAACACAACUGUUAUUUCAACAAUUCCUCAAAUAAUGCGAAUAACCAAGUCAUGUUCCUUUGAUAAAUCUCAUGGCUACUCUAUCGCCACCAAGUCCCCCUAGAUCCCCCGGCCCUACAAGAAUGUCUCGAAGAUGGGCUAGAAAGUGCGAACGUUAUUGCUGCAUUGGCGCAACUUACUUUCCCCUGGUGUUUGUGUAUAGUAUCACAACUUGGGCCGUCUGGGUAGAAACUACAAUUGGCUUUCUAGCAGAUGGCAGCAAAUCAAGUUGGAUAGGUAGGAUUCAUCGUGGCAUAUUUGGUGUGGAGAAGCUCAUAAACCAUAGGCAAAGGGACGUCAUUUUUAGGAAUCGUUAUAUACAUCCUCCUUAACUGGUCAUACACCUCCGCCGUUUUCACGAACCCGGGGACUACUACAGCCGCGAAUCAUGGAUAUAGCGCCCUCCCGACACACAACCCUGUUGCGACAAACUUUACGGUAAAAUCGAACGGUGAAUUGCGCUAUUGUAAGAAAUGUCAAGCAAGGAAACCAGAUCGAUCUCAUCAUUGCUCGACAUGCGGGAUUUGUGUAUUGAAGAUGGAUCAUCAUUGCCCAUGGCUGGCUACCUGCGUCGGACUGCGAAAUUACAAAGCUUUCCUCUUGUUCCUGAUAUAUACAACAUUAUUCUGUUUUCUCUGUUUCGCAGUAUCAGGUUCUUGGGUUUGGAGGGAAAUUUUGAGUGAUGGAGAAUAUACAGACUCGCUGUUACCCGUAAAUUACGUUAUGCUGGUGGUGGUGUCCGGUAUUAUAGGAUUGGUAUUGGCAGGUUUCACAGGAUGGCAUAUUUUACUGUCAUCCCGCGGUCAAACGACAAUCGAGUGCCUUGAGAAGACAAGGUACUUAUCCCCGCUAAGAAAGUCGAUUCGAGGUCAACACAUCCCUGAAGAUCAGAGCCAUGGAACAUACGAACAAUUAGAGAGAGCCAGAGCAAGAAAUCGAUAUGAGGAAUACCUUGACGAGCAAGAUUCGGAAAAGUUACCUAGUGCAUUUGAUCUUGGGUGGAAAAAAAACUUCAAGCAUUUAUUUGGUUCUAGGGCAUUGUUAUGGGCUGUUCCAAUACCUACUACCACUGGAGAUGGAUGGAGUUGGGAAGCAAGUCCGAAAUGGCUUGAGGCCAGAGAAAAACUCGCUCGAGAACGAGAAGAACAAAGAAGCAGAGAAAGGGCUGCUGGCUGGGGCGAACCAACGUCUCCAAUAGUACCUCUGCCAAGGUCAGAAGGAGCUGGCAGACAUUAUGUUUCCUAUCCUACUCAACCCAAUCGAACAAAUCGUCCUCAAUCUAAAGCAGACCGAAUUCUAGGACGCGGUCCGAAUCAAUAUGUGGAUGAAGCAGAUUCGAACGCUGUCUCCAUGCAAACAUUGCAACCAAGAGAUAGUGACGAGGAGCAUUACGAGGUUAGUAGCGAUGAGGAUGAAGCCGAGAGACGAAUCCUCAACCAAAAAGCUGCCGGUGGGUGGCCGCAAAGAGUUGGGGUUGUUACGAAUACAUUAUUAGGAAACACGAUAGCACGACAAAAAGAUGACGCGAAAGGAUGGGAUGGACAUGGACAUGAUGAUGAUGUAGAUUAGUUUUGAAGAUUUACACUCUUUAUUUUCGUCUCUGGUGUUAGAGAUUUUGAAUCUCACUGUAUGAUAAAGUUGAGGUUAGGAUACUAAUGGUGUCAGUGGAUGGAUACGAAACAUCGGGAAAUACUAUGUUACGAUAUAUCCUCAUAAUAAUUACUCUAUUUCUUCCAUACCGAUCAUUGCAGAUAGUC